GAGGAGGCAAAUCUCGCAGAUAAUCGCGUGUUUUUCAAAUCCCGUUCCUCUUUCACCCAUCCUCCAAGAUGCCUACCAAGAAGACCAAGACCAGGAAGCUCCGAGGACACGUCAGCCACGGACAUGGUCGCGUUGGCAAGCACAGAAAGCAUCCUGGAGGUCGUGGUAAUGCUGGUGGUUUGCAUCACCACAGAAUCAACUUCGACAAAUACCAUCCAGGUUACUUCGGUAAGGUGGGUAUGAGACAUUACCACCUGAAGAGGAAUGCAUCCUACUGCCCCACCAUCAACCUGGACAAGCUGUGGACGCUGGUGAGCGAGCAGACCAGGCUCAACUACAGCAAGAAGCCCGAUGGACCUGCCCCCAUCAUCGAUGCUGUGCGCGCUGGCUACUACAAAGUUCUGGGCAAAGGCAAACUGCCCAAGCAGCCUGUGAUCGUCAAGGCCAAGUUCUUCAGCCGACAGGCCGAGGAGAAGAUCAAGGCAGUGGGAGGAGCCUGCGUGCUGAUGGCAUAAUGCUCCUGUCAGUGUGUUUUUGCAAAAAUAAACUGUAUAAAUGGAAA